AUGGCGAACGCGAACCCCGGCAAUGUCAUUAGGAGGAAGCUGGUCAUCAUUGGCGAUGGCGCCUGCGGCAAGACUUCGCUGUUGAGCGUCUUUACGUUAGGGUACUUCCCGACACACUACAUCCCCACAGUAUUCGAGAACUACGUUACAGAUUGCAGGGUAGACGGCAAAUCCGUACAAUUAGCACUAUGGGAUACCGCUGGCCAGGAAGAUUACGAGCGGCUGCGACCACUCGCCUAUGCGAAGGCACAUGUCAUACUAAUAGGAUUCUCGAUUGACUCGCCGGAUUCACUGGACAACGUGAAGCAUAAGUGGAUAGAAGAGGCAACGGAACGAUGUCCCGGCGUACCGCUCAUACUUGUGGGAUUGAAGAAGGAUCUGCGAGACGACCCAGUAGCGAUCGAGGAGAUGCGCAAGAAGAGCCUCAAGUUCGUCACACAACGGCAAGGCGAGGCUAUUGCACAAGAGGUCGGAGCCAGAAAAUAUCUCGAGUGUUCUAGUUUGAGCGGCGAAGGUGUAGAUGAUGUGUUCGAGGCGGCCACGAGGGCUGCACUGCUCACUUUUGAGAAGGGCGAAGGUGGUGGGUGCUGUGUCAUUCUAUGA